AUGGUGCAAACUGUCAAGCAGGCUGUUCAAAAUCACGUAACGCCUGUGCUGCCUUCCCUGUUUGGCUCGAACGUCUUCACCACACACUCGGCGUUCAUCCGACGUUUAAAGCUCCCGGCACGCAGCUCCGCUUUUUGGAUGCUCCUGCUGCACUGCCCGCUGCUGCUGCUGCUGCUGCUGCCACUCAGCUCCAGGCCCCAGAAGUUACCCACCAGAGAUGAGGAGCUCUUCCAGAUGCAGAUCCGGGACAAAGCAUUUUUUCAUGAUUCGUCAGUCAUCCCAGAUGGAGCCGAAAUUAGCAGCUACCUCUUCCGAGACACACCUAAAAGGUAUUUCUUUGUGGUUGAAGAGGACAACACUCCCUUAGCAGUGACAGUGACACCAUGCGAUGCCCCUCUGGAGUGGAAACUGAGUGUGCAAGAGCUCCCAGAGGAAGCCAGCGGAGAAGGUUCAGGUGAACCAGAACCUCUUGAGCAACAGAAACAGCAGAUUACUAAUGAGGAAGGCACAGAGCUGUUCUCUUACAAAGGCAAUGAUGUUGAAUACUUUGUGUCCUCUAGUUCCCCAUCUGGUUUGUACCAACUAGAUCUGCUGUCGACAGAGAAAGAUACACAUUUUAAAGUGUAUGCAACCACUACUCCAGAAUCAGACCAACCUUAUCCUGAAUUACCUUACGAUCCCAGAAUUGAUGUCACUUCUCUGGGACGUACAACAGUGACGCUGGCAUGGAAACCAAGUCCCACCGCCUCCUUACUGAAACAGCCGAUUCAGUAUUGCAUAGUCAUCAAUAAAGAACACAAUUUCAAAAGCCUUUGUGCUGUUGAAGCCAAGCUCAGUUCUGAUGAUGCCUUCAUGAUGGCUCCAAAACCAGGUCUGGAUUUCAGUCCGUUUGACUUUGCCCAUUUUGGCUUUCCCUUAGACAACAACUCUGGUAAAGAACGUGGUUUCCUAAAACCAUCAGCAAAGUUUGGGCGCCAAACAUCCUCAAAGCCGAGAGUUGACCUACAUAAAGUUUGUAUUGGGAACAAGAACAUCUUCACAGUGUCAGACCUGAAGCCCGACACGCAGUACUACUUUGACAUGUUUGCCAUAAAUACCGACACUAACAUGAGCACUGCAUACGUUGGCACCUUUGCCAGAACGAAGGAGGAGGCUAAACAGAAAACAGUCGAGCUGAAGGACGGCAAAGUUACAGAUGUAUUCAUCAAGAGAAAGGGAGCCAAAUUUCUACGUUUUGCUCCUGUUUCAUCUCACCAAAAAGUCACCUUCUCUGUUCAUUCAUGUCUGGACGCUGUUCAGAUCCAAGUUAGAAGAGAUGGAAAACUUCUUUUGUCUCAAAACGUAGAGGGUGUGCGGCAGUUCCAGCUUCGGGGAAAAGCAAAAGCUAAAUAUCUCAUUAGGCUGAAAGGAAGCAAAAAAGGUGCUUCUGUGCUGAAGAUCCUGGCUACAACAAGGCCUAACAAGCAGUCAUUUCCUUCUCUUCCUGAAGAUACGCGGAUCAAAGCCUUCGACAAACUCCGCACGUGUUCUUCGGUCACGGUGGCAUGGCUGGGCACGCAGGAGAGAAACAAAUUCUGCAUCUACAAAAGGGAAGUGGAUGACAAUUACAAUGACGAACAGAAGAAAAGAGAGCAGAACCAGUGCUUGGGUCCAGAUACGAGGAAGAAAUCAGAAAAGGUUCUCUGUAAAUACUUCCACAGCCAGAACAUCCAGAAAGCAGUGACCACAGAGACAAUCAGAGGCCUGCAGCCUGGCAAGUCCUACCUGCUGGACGUUUAUGUGAUAGGGCACGGCGGGCAGUCCGUGAAAUAUCAGAGCAAACUGGUGAAAACAAGGAAGUUCUGUUAGUGCCCCUGUACUUAGAAAUCUAUGGAACUCCAGUCUGAACGUUCUCCUACUUCCAAGUAUGCGGAUUGACUACUUGCACAGCUGAGAAGUUGUGACCUGUAUUUGUACUGUGUAGAAAAGAUAUCAACUUGUAUAUUUAUGUUUACAUAAGUAAUUGUUUGGAGGAACUGAGGCUGGUGCUCUCUGGUAGCAUCUGGCAACGGUAUUAUUAUCAUGUGUGUGGUGACCCACAUAUGAUGCUCAGUAGAUGUCCAAGGUAGCAGGAAACCUUGAAGAAACUGGCACUCCUUUGCUUCCAUAUUGCAUGAACUGCUUCUAAAUUAUUUUAUACUUAAAAGGCUGAGAUACAUCAUUCGUCCACCUUGUUAUUCACACACAAAACUCGCAGACAUACACCCUUUCUCUCAGUGUAGAUGGUAGGGUUUCUGUAAAUUAUUUUAUAGGGUCUUGUUUUAAAUGUUUGUUUCUAUGAUUGUAAACUAUUAAAAUCUCUCCCCAAUAAAAUACAGAUCUCAACUAAGUAUUAACUGGGCUGCACAUGAAGCAGUUUCAUUGCUAAUGUAAAUUCUUACCUAGCUGAUGUUCAUGUUUAAAUACUGUAUGUAUUUCAUGUACAAAGUUGCCAUAACGUUAUAUUCCUGUACAUAAAAUUAAAAAUAUUAGAUUCUA